UCUGUGCCUCCUCCAAAGCGAACAGGGUGGAUUGGAAGAGGAAAGUGUCACAUGGAAAAGGCCACCAUAGAUCUGAAGGGCGAUAGCAAGGAUCUGAGCGGUCGCGUUCAUCAACUCCCCUACUGUGUCAAGCAUGACAGUCCCGCUCUAUUUUCCACUAUUUCAAACCCAAACACAAAGGUUUUGGGGGAAGAUGAGGGUUUACUAUUACAAGAGGCUCAUUUUAGAGGUAGGUUACUCCAAGGAACAACACUUCCUCUUCCGCACGAUUACUCUGGUUUUGUCUUGAGUAAGAGGUCACCUCCCACCUCCGACGAAAACUCAUUCAAAAUUUUAAAGUAA